AUGUUAUUCCAUCCUCCACCUCUGUCUUCGGGUCCUCAUCUUGAUCUAGCAGACGUAAAGUCUCUUGCAUCCAAAGGGGCGGUGCUCAACUAUGACCAGAGCUUGAUGUACUCGAGUCACUCCGUCCCGACUCGUCGAGUGCUAGACGUCGCCUUGAACGGCGUAAAACUCAUCGUCAAAUUCGGCACGGACGUCUCUCUCGUCGAAGCCUCCACAACACGAUACGUCGCAGAGAACACCACGAUUCGCGUACCCACCGUCUAUGCAACCUUCGUCGACGAGACACAAGGACCCCGGCCAGUGACGUACAUCGUUGAGGAGCGCCUUCCCGGUAGCACUCUCGGUUCUAUUCUCCCCACUCUAAACCCACAGACCGAGGGAGUAAUCCUAGAGGAGUUGAAAGACCUCAUCGGACAGCUCUCCGGACUGAGCACCCACCGUACCUCCCUCGGUCCUCUUCAAGGCUCCUGGCGGAACGACUAUUUCCGUUCUUUCCUGGAGCGCUUCCCUUGCACACCCGACGACGCCCGUACCACUCGCGACUUCAUCGAAUACUUCCUCCACGUCUCCCGCAGUCGCCACAUCUCGUACUCUCGCAACGAGGCGGAAUGUCUCCUUCCGUUCGACUUUGAACGGGCGCCGGUGUUCUCGCAUGGAGACCUUGGGCCUUCGAACAUUAUGGUGGAGGAUGGGCACGUCGUUGGGAUCAUUGAUUGGGAGCAGGCGGGGUGGUACCCGUACUUUUGGGACGAUUUCGUGGCGUCCGGGGCGAGUAAAGGGGCGGCGGACGUGCAGGACAGAUGGGCCUCGAUUUAUCCACAGAUGUUUGAGACGUUUCCGGAUGAAGUUACUGCGUUCAGCAAGAUAUGGGGAGACGCGAGUUUUUCUUAUAUGGGGGAUGGAUUCUGA